AUGAUCGGCCACUUCUUCUGUGACAGCAAAGAAUCUAUCCAAGUUCUUGGGCUCAGAGUUUCAGAAGCUGGGGUUGAGGUAGAUUGUGCGAAGAUCGACGUUAUAACAAAUUUGCAACCACCAGAUUCUGUAAAAUCAGUAAGGAGUUUCUUGGGACGUGUUGGGUUAUAUCGGAGAUUUAUCAAGGAUUUCAGCAAGAUUGUAAGACCGCUUACUGCUCUGCUGUGUAAGGACGUCAAAUUUGAUUUCACAGAUGAGUGUCUUGCUGCUUUCGAACAGAUCAAACAGGCGUUGAUAAACGCGCCUAUUAUGCAGCCUCCUGACUAG